AUGUAUUAUCUUCUAUCACAAACCCAUACCAGAGAGAAAGAGAGAGAGAGAGAGAGAUAGCUAGAGAGAGAUGACGGAUUUGCAGGAGACUUCAACUGAUCAGCUGGAGGAGGAGGCUCCUCCGCUGUCUCUGAAAUUGAACCAUGUUUCCUUAGUUUGUAAAUCUUCCGAGGACUCAGCCAGGUUCUAUGAGAAAGUCCUCGGAUUCGGCCGCAUCAAACGCCCCGACUUUGAUAUUAAAGGAGCUUGGCUGUAUAACUAUGGAAUUGGGAUCCAUCUGCUGGAAGCGAAACAGAACAUGAUUGAACUUUUGCCACCAAAGAAAGACGAAAUCAACCCAGAAGACAACCACAUAUCAUUCGAGACCGAAGACGUGGGGAGGAUAAUAGAUAAGCUGAAGGCCAUGAGCAUCAAGUACGAGCAGAGGACGGUGCCAUUUAAAGGAGAGGUGGUGGAUCAGCUCUUCUUCCACGACCCCGACGGCUACAUGAUUGAGAUCUGCAACUGCUACAAGUUCAAAACUGAACCCAUUGGCGCCAGAAGACUCCUCAUGGCUUCAGCUUCACUCACCCCCUCUACUGAUAUUCAUGUCCCCUGCUCAUGCUGUGCCUUCCUACUAAUGAAAAAUGAGCCCGAUGAUAUGGUGCGCAGUGCGCAGGCUUAGUAGAGGCCAAUUUGGAGUAUCUGACGUGGAAGAGAGGGGACGGGAUUUGGAGUGCAGUUAAUUUGUGUGAAAAAAUAUAUAGCUAUUUGGCAAUAACAGAUGUGGCUUGUUAUGAAGAUAGCAUAUAAUAAAGAAGAAUAAAAUGUAAUUAGACAAGUUCCACAGUAACAAUGGCUUGUUGCUGUCGUCUAUCCGCCUUAGAGGCUCAUAGAUAUAUGGUGCUUGCUUUUAUAUGUAAUCUUUGUGUGGGUUCCUUAUAUUUAGAUUCUAAAAGUUUGUGGUUGUGUUA